AUGUCAUAUUGUCCGCCAUACGCUCCGUUCUUUGGCUUUGCAGGAGUCGCAGCAGCGAUGGUGUUUAGCACUGUCGGCGCUGCAUUUGGUACGGGAAAGGCUGGAAUUGGUAUCGCCGGCUUGGGAUCCUUCAAGCCAGAGCUCGUCAUGAAGGCAAGUUCGCUCAUUCCAGUGGUCAUGGCGGGUAUUAUUGCCGUGUAUGGCCUGGUGGUCAGCGUUCUCAUAACAGGAAGCCUGGAUCCAGCGCAAGAGUAUCCCCUGUAUACCGGAUUUGUCCACAUGGGAGCUGGAAUUGCGUGCGGCAUGACGGGAAUGGCAGCGGGGUAUGCCAUUGGUCACGUUGGAGAUGCAUGUGUACGAGCCUAUCUUCAGGAGGCAAAGGUCUUCGUGACCAUGGUCCUCAUUCUCAUCUUUGCAGAAGUCUUGGGUCUCUAUGGUUUGAUUGUUGCCAUCAUCAUGCAUUCUUCUACGUCUGGCAUUGGCUGCCCUACGGAUUUGACAGAGACACCGUAUUAG